AAACCCUCGCGCAAGCCGCCCAGCCCCAAGAUCCGCGCAACCGCCCCACGCCCCCCCUCCCCCAAAAACGCCGAAAGCGGAGGGAAAGAAAAAAAAAAGGACCAGAUACUUGCCUUUCCUAGCCCAAACACACACAAACUCCUGUCCUUACCUUCUUUAACCCGCUGCCCGUCACAUCACCCUUUGCCCGCUGGCCAACCGGAUCAAAACCACUCCGACCACCCCCCAAGCCCCAGUCAAGUGAAGUCAAGUCAAGCCAAGGAAAUUUAG